CAGAGCAACAAAGUUAGAACAACUUCUGUCCUUUGAAAAGAAAACUGAGGAUUUUGUUUGUUGUUGUUGUUGUUGUUGUUGUGACGUCACGUUCUACCCGGGGAUGAUACAGCCUCCCAGCGUGGCGGGGGGCGUUACCGUGGCAACGUUUUGGGUGGCCGCAGACUGUCAUGGAGCGGUACGAGUCUCUGGGUCUGGUCGGGGAGGGCAGUUACGGCCUGGUGCUGAAGUGUCGCCACCGGGACUCCGGCCGCCUCGUGGCCAUUAAGAAGUUCAUGGACUCAGACGAUGACAAGACAGUGAAGAAGAUCGCCCUGAGGGAGAUCAAGCUGCUCAGGCAACUGCGUCACGGAAACCUGGUGAACCUUCUAGACGUGUGGAAGCGUCGCCGCCGCUGGUACCUGGUGUUUGAGUUUGUGGAGCGGACACUCCUGGAUGAUCUGGAGCAAAACCCUACUGGACUGGACCUGAAUACCAGCCGGCAACACCUGUACCAGAUCCUGAGGGCUGCAGCCUUCUGCCACCAGCACAAUAUCAUCCACCGUGACAUUAAACCAGAGAACAUCCUCAUCUCUCAGGGGGGCGUGGUCAAGCUGUGUGAUUUCGGUUUUGCCCGCACCGUGGCGUCACCUGCUGAGGACGGCGUCUACACCGACUACGUAGCCACUCGCUGGUACAGAGCGCCUGAACUGCUGGUGGGAGACAUUAAAUACGGAAAACCAGUAGACGUGUGGGCUGUGGGUUGUCUGUUAUUAGAGAUGCUGACAGGUCAGCCUCUGUUUCCUGGAGACUCUGACCUCGACCAAAUCUACCACAUCGUCAGGUGCUUCGGAAACCUCACUGCUCAUCACCAGGAGUUGUUCUACAGGAAUCCCGUCUUCUCUGGGGUCAGAUUGCCAGAAUGUUGUGUCCGAGUCCCACUGCAGCAGCGCUUCCCUACAAUCACAUCCCCUGCACUCGACCUGGCACAGAGCUGUCUCCAGAUGGAUCCAGAGAGACGAGCUCAGUGUUCAGAACUUCUCGAACAUCCUCUGUUCACACAGGACUCGUUCCACCUCAGGUUUCUGAAUGAGCUGAACGCGAAGAUCCAAAAGGACUACAGAGAAAACUCUGCACUUCCCAAAAUAACCAAAACCCCAAGACGAGAAAAGGAUGAAGGGAACGAGAAAAACCCGAGAGGCAGAGACAAGAAACAACUGGAAGAUGUGGAUGCGAAAGUUAAAAAGGAAAAGGAGAAGAAAGACAAGAAGGAAGAGGAGAAGAUGGAGAAAGUAAAAGGAAAGCAGCCUUCAAAGCUUUCUAAAACUAUCCGCAACACCUCAGAACCUUCGAUGUCCACUAAACAGUCCAGGACAUCAGGUGCUAAGGUAAUGAAAAAUAAACCUGGAAAGGACACUGGUGCAGGGUUAAGGAAGGAAGGUGAAAUUUUUAAACCAGCUAAAACUCUUACUUCUGAUUCAUUAGAAGGUUCCAAGAGCGUAACAGGUCUCAAGGACAGUGACACAGUGACAGUUAAAGCUAAAUAUGGGAAAGCUGCUUCCCCAGAGCCGAGGGAAGGCCAUCUAAAAAGUACCAAGAACACCAAAGGUAUAGAUUCCAGUGGGCUGCAUUCUAGAUGCUCGGACACAGCUGUGUCAGAGAUGGACGCCUGUAGAUCUUCUAAACUGAAGCCAGGUGAGGAGUAUGGGAAGAGUAAAUCUUCAGUAAGUCAAACUUCAAAGGUUUCUGGCUCAAAUAACAAACAGAAGAACAACAGCAGUGAAGCUGAAUCCAAUGUAAAAUCUUUGAAACCCCCCGUCUCCAAAUGUCUGAUUGGACAACCUCAGACAAAGCUCGGGUCUUUGGUUAACCACGCCACGUCCACCGCAGCCGUGACCCUAAGGACUCAGAAAACUACAGAGGCAAAGAGGAAGAGUGACAACCCUGAAAGGAAUGGCACAACAAAUAUGUCCGCCAUCACAGAUCCCACUUCAGUCCCUCCUACAGCAACGCCAGACCACAGAGCUUUGAAGAGGAGCUUCGUCUUACACAACAUGGACACCGCAGACCUUAAUGACUUUGAUUUCACUGCACCGCCUUCUUCUCCACCUCCGCCUCCGCCUCCCUCCUCCACUCCUCUCCUCCUCCCUCCUUCCUCCACAGCCCUGAUCCCCUCCUUCUCUGUCAGCCCCACCGUUGGUGAUCACCUGCCCCCGGGGGCAGGUUUCCCUCCUGGGAUCCACAGCCUCAGGUGUAUAGACAAGCCAAGAAAUUACGGUGGUGUUCAUAGUCGAGUGGCCCAACCAGCAUUAACCACAGCACAGGUGUCAGAUAAGAGUCUGAUCGGCGAGCGCUCCUUCCUGUCAGACCGCGGUGGCGUUGCGGUGGCCAAGAAGAAGUCAGACAUCCACCUCCCAGAUCUGAGAAGCUCGGUUCUACCAGAGCUCAGAGGAAGAGACGGCAAACACAACAGAGGCGUCACCAAGGACCAGAGGAAAGACAAACAGCCCGAAGCACAGCAGCACGGACACAACAGUGACGACAGACACCACACACACACACCCAAACACACGCCCUAACACACCUGUUCUGCUCUCAGCUG